CUGAACUUAUUUUUUAAUUGAAAUAAAAUCUAAUAAAUUUGAAUUUGAAUUUGAAUUCUUGUCCAUUAUUGGUUGUUGGCCGUGUUGUGCAUAUAAAUAAGCAUUAUUUAGCAGUAAUUUCUGAUUUGUGUGUUUAACCUGGUGGGUAAAAUAACAAUAUUCAUCCAAAAUUCGAAUGUCAUUUUGGUCACCGAAAAAAGAUGGCCGACGUCCAGCGAUCAACAACAACAUCAAAGCAGCCAAUAUCGAUAUGAAUGAAAUUCAAAUGAAAUUACCAUCUGCCAAUCAUAUGAUGGAUCAUAUCUAUUCGGCUGUAACGAAUUUGACACAAAAUAUUCCUCGUCCAAUGAAAAAUGUUCUCAAUCGUAUGAUGCCCAAAAAGCAACAACAACAACAACGAAAAUCAAAUCGUUCGACGGCAACAACAACAAUUCCUGUGGUCAAAUCACCGGCAACAGUUUCAUCUGUUCACAGUCGAAAAAAUGUUCGUGAACCAUCACAGAAAUAUGUUCGUCUAAGUUAUCAUAGAUCAACAGUAUCGAUGGUUGAAACGAAAAACAUGGCCUACAUUCUUCCCAUUGGUUCGGUAUCGAAUAUUUAUGAAAAGCUUUAUGAUUGUUGCUGUUUUUUCAUCCAUUGUCCUGUUCAUGAAAAGGUAUGCAUAUUGAAAUCAUCAUCAUCACCAUUCAUAUGGUUACCGUGUGUCGUUGCACAAUGGCCACAGAAAAAUUGCUGGAUCAAAUCAGCCAAAGAAAGCGUUUCAUGGAUAUUCGCCAAUGAAUCGGCAAAUCGAUAUGAAUACCUUAAGAAUCAUCCAUUCUACAGCCACAUUCGAUUGAUUGAAAUCCUUCGAUUACAAUUACCACAGACAAAUCGAUUCAUUACACGAUUAGCAUUCUAUGUACGUCUCGAUUCAAACAUUGAACAAUCGCCUGAUAAAUUUGUUUGCUGCCAAACCAGUGAUCGUCUUGAUUGGCUUGAUUUAAAUCACGUUCGAGAUGGUUCUGUGGAAAAUCUUUGGGGGCCAGAACUAGUCAAAUUUUGUCCCCCGGCCAAUAUCAAUCCACAUAUGAUUGCGCAAAAGAUUGAAGAAUUUAGUUCAAAUCAGGUAUUCCAUUUCGUUUCUAAAGACGGUAUACCGAGAAACAUUGAAGAAUCGUGGCUAAAAUCCGUGAAAGUGACCGAAAAUGAUGUUGAACGAUUGUAUUAUGAAUUCUUGGAACAUUGUUAUCCUAGUUAUUAUAUGACAUCCGAUUCGUUUCGUCAAUGUUUACUCAGGCUUGGCCUGGAUUUACCGGAUUUGAAUUUGGAUCGUUUAUUCAUUGCAUUCAAUUACAUGAAGAAUGGUUUUCUUUGCUUUCAUGAACUAUUACUCGGUUUGGUCGCUUUGGAACAGGAUACACCACAUGAUGAAGUACGCAUUAAAUUCGUAUUUCGUUAUUAUGAUACGAAACAAAAUGGUGUCCUGUAUGAAGAAGACAUGAAAAGAAUGCUUAGAGACCUUUACAAUAUCACGUGUGGUGAUAAAAAGUUACGUGGCGAUCCAUUGGAACAGAAAACUCGUGAAGCAAUGGAAUUAUUUCAGGCACAAUCGGUUGGAAAAGGAAAUCGCGCGAAACAGGCGAUUACGUGGCGAAAAUUUUUGACCAUCAUUGCAACACAUCAAUUUCGUGGUACAUCAUUGUUGUGUCGAUCAAAAAAAUCGAUAUUCGAUCAUAUUACGAAACGUAUAACAACAACUCAAUCGGCAAAUCAAUCAUCUAAGCAAGAAUCGGCAUCAUCAGUACUUCGAUUGGUUGUUCAGCGCAAAUAUCAGAAUGAAAUCUGUCAAUCAUGCCGAUCGAAACGUUAUAAAUUAUCACCGAUUCAAAUACACAUCAAUCAGGAUGGUUACUAUGAUCGAUGUGAACUUGUAAGGCAUGAGAAUAAUAAAGCGAAAAGUGAUUCACCACAACGAAAAUCAGCAUUGGUAGAUAUACAACGAAUUCAUCUUUUAGAACCAGAAUAUCCGGCAAAUUUUUUCCUACGUAAAAUACGUGAAUUUAAUCAUACAAAAAGAUUCAUUGAUGGAUUCAUGGUGAAUGAACGUGAGCGAUUGUUUCAAAUGUUUCAGAUGAUGGCCGAUGAAUUGGAACCAAUGCUACAGAAAGAACAACGUGUAAAACAAUUAAAUUCACCAUGUUUUAUCAUUGGUGACAUACAUGGUAAUCUUGAAGAUCUUAUGUCAUUAGAGAUGACAAUUUGGAAACAAUUUCCAGCCGCUGGUGUACAUUAUCUAUUCCUUGGCGAUUAUGUUGAUCGUGGUCGUUGGAGUAUUGAAUGUGCACUUUAUCUGUUUUCGAUGAAAGUUUUGAUGCCAAAAAUGAUCACAUUACUAAGAGGAAAUCAUGAAAUUCGUGAAAUACAAAACAAAUACACAUAUCGACGUGAACUAUGGCAAAAAUAUGAUCAAGUUUAUGGACAAAGAUUUUGGGAUCUAACCAAUCGUCUGUUUGAUAGGCUACCACUGAGUGCUACCAUUGAUGAGACGAUAUUCUGUUCACAUGGUGGUAUUCCACAUCAGGUAACACGUUUGACCGAUCUGGAAAAACGAAUACCGCCCAUCGUAAUGAGUCCAGAAUCGGAUUGUCCCGUUGCAUGGGAAAUAAUGUGGUCGGAUCCAAUAAAUCAAGAACAUUUUAUGACCAUACAGAAUCUCUAUCAAAUUCGUAAUGAAAAUCUACGACAAGGAUAUCUGCCCAAUACGAAACGUGGUACAGCAUUUUAUUUCAAUGAACGUGCAUUGGAUAAUUUUUUCGCCGAAAAUCGUCUCACACAUUUGAUUCGGGCACAUGAAGUACCUAAACUUGGAUUCAUGAUACAUUUUGGCCAAAAAUGUGUCACCAUUUUUUCCUGCUCACAUUAUUGUGGCAAUGACAAUGAAUGCUGUGUUUUAUUUGCUCAUCAAGAAAAAAUUCGUGUCAUUCGUAUCGAUACGACCGCUAAUCAACCGGCUACCGAUCAAUUUCAACAGCAAUCAAUCAUUCGAUGAACAACAAUCAAU